GUCUCUUGUAGCUGGAUCCUGAAUUGCUGCCCUUCAACCUUGGACCCUGAAUUCUCUUCUCUCUAUUUGCCUCCUCUACCUUUCUUUACCAGCACCUUUUGUCAAAGAAUCACCAUCACCUAUUGUUUUCGUGGCACCUUUGACACCCCCCAUUGCCCACAAUGUCAGGCUCCAAUAAUCCGACUGAUUCUUCAAUUUCGAAGGCUUUCUCGAAGAUUGAUAACUCCGGAAAUAACUUUCCCCCUUCGCCAGCCCCUUCUACCCCCACAAAUGGGAGAAAGUAUGCUCUGGCUACGGAACUCGUUUACACCGAAAAUUCUGAUCAGUACGAUGCGUCGUCUGUGCCUAUAUACCAAUCUGCUACUUUUAAACAAAAAUCUGCAUCUGGGGGAGGCUCAUUUGAUUACACACGGUCCGGAAAUCCAACCAGAUCGCACGUAGAGCGCCACCUCGCAAAGAUCAUGUCUGCAAGCCAAGCUCUUGUCGUUUCCUCUGGAAUGGGAGCUCUAGAUGUGAUCACCCGUUUGCUAAAGCCUGGAGACGAGGUUGUCACCGGUGACGAUCUUUACGGAGGCACAAACAGACUACUGAAAUACCUUUCUACACAUGCUGGCAUCACUGUCCACCAUGUAGAUUUUUCCAAUGUCGACGCCCUGAAAGCAACCUUCACACUAAAAACCACAAUGGUCAUUCUGGAAAGCCCAACAAAUCCACUCAUCAAGAUUACGGAUAUACCGGGUAUUGCCUCGCUGGCGCAUGCCGCUAAUCCCAGUGCCAUUGUUUGUGUGGACAACACUAUGCUCUCCCCCCUGUUGCAGAAUCCCUUGGACCUCGGCGCCGAUAUUGUCUGCGAAUCUGGAACCAAAUAUCUCUCGGGCCAUCACGACCUUAUGGCAGGUGUGAUUGCAACUAAUGACCCGUCGCUGGGCGAAAGGUUAUACUUUACGAUCAAUUCCACGGGUUGUGGGCUCUCGCCAUUUGAUUCAUGGCUACUGCUGAGAGGAGUCAAGACUCUUAGUGUUAGAAUGGAGAAACAACAAGCAAGUGCACAGCAAAUUGCAGUGUUUCUGGAGGACCGUGGGUUCAAAGUUAGGUAUCCGGGUCUUAAGAGCCACCCGCAGUAUGACCUCCACUGGAGCAUGGCUCGGGGUGCCGGCGCAGUUUUGAGCUUUGAAACCGGUGAUACUCACUUAAGCGAGAAGAUUGUGGAAUCUGCCCGUCUGUGGGCUAUCAGUGUCAGCUUCGGAUGUGUUAAUAGUUUGAUUUCCAUGCCGUGUCGCAUGAGUCAUGCCAGUAUCGACGCAAAGACAAGGGCAGAACGACAGAUGCCUGAAGAUAUUAUCCGACUCUGUGUCGGAAUUGAAGACGUCGAUGACCUGAUUGAUGAUCUCCGCACAGCACUCAUCCAAGCAGGUGCGGUCACUGUAACCGUCGACGGUAUUAGGGCCGGCGCCCCAGAUGGCACUUUGCUUGGUGGUGGCGUCUCACUCGCCUCUGCUUCAUAAAUAAUAUAUGUUAAAUUCUUGAUAAAAAGUUACCGAUCCCAUCCAGGUCUAGCCUUCUUUCCCCUUUGCAUGGUUUGCGGUAUGAUAUCUAUCUAUUGCUUUCUCUCUCUCUGUUUCUUUACUUAGGUGGGUGGGUGAGUGAGUGAGUACUAUAUAAAAUUGGAGGCGUUUCUUUUCUCUUUUCUCUUUUCCUCCUUGGCUUUCUACCUACCGGGGGACUACAAAAGCGGAUGGAUGCUGGGGGUUGUAUGUGACUACUUGGAUGUAGAAUGGGAAGAAGGCAGAUUUUUGCUGUAAAAAUGUCUAUUCAAUUUUAUCAAGGAUUCGCGAGUCAAGUAUCGCAUUGCGGG